GCGCGCCCCGGCCGCCCGCCGCCUCCGCCCCGCGCCCCUGAGCCGCCGCCGCCGCCACCGCCACCGCCGCCGCCGCCGCCGCCGCUGCGGGUCCGAGGGCGCCGCGCCCUUGCCCCUGGGCCCGGCUGUGCCCGCCGCGCCUGGCCCGCGUCCCUGCGCUGCGCCGCCCGGCCGGGUGCAUGCAUUGUGGGCCUCCCGACAUGGUCUGCGAGACGAAGAUCGUGGCCGCCGAGGACCAUGAGGCGCUGCCGGGGGCCAAGAAGGACGCGUUGCUCGCCGGCGCCAUGUGGCCCCCGCUGCCCGCCGCUCCGGGGCCGGCCGCCGCGCCCCCGCCGGCUCCGGGGGCCCAGCCCCGCGGCCGGGCCGGGGGUGCGGGACCACCCGAGGGGCGCGGCGUGUGCAUCCGCGAAUUCCGCGCCGCCGAGCAAGAGGCUGCGCGCCGCAUCUUCUACGACGGCAUCCUGGAGCGCAUUCCCAACACGGCCUUCCGCGGCCUGCGGCAGCACCCGCGCACGCAGCUGCUCUACGCCCUGCUGGCGGCACUCUGCUUCGCCCUGACCCGCUCGCUACUGUUGACAAGCCUGCUGCCCGCCGCACUGCUGGCCCUGCGCUAUUACUACAGCCGCAAGGUGAUCCUGGCCUACCUGGAGUGUGCGCUGCACACGGACAUGGCCGACAUCGAGCAGUACUACAUGAAGCCACCGGGCUCCUGCUUCUGGGUGGCUGUGCUGGAUGGCAACGUAGUGGGCAUCGUGGCCGCACGGGCGCACGAGGAGGACAACACGGUGGAGUUGCUGCGCAUGUCCGUGGACUCGCGCUUCCGUGGCAAGGGCAUUGCCAAGGCGCUGGGCCGCAAGGUGCUGGAGUUCGCCAUGCUACACAACUACUCAGCCGUGGUGUUGGGCACGACGGCCGUCAAGGUGGCUGCCCACAAGCUCUACGAGUCCUUGGGCUUCAGACACAUGGGUGCGAAUGACCACUACGUGCUACCUGGCAUGACCCUCUCGCUGGCCGAGCGCCUCUUCUUCCAGGUCCGCUACCACCGCUACCGCCUGCAGCUGCGGGAGGAGUGACCGCUGCCACCCGCCCGCUGCCCGUCACCCGCCGCCGGCCGCCCCGUCUGCCUUGCCCGCCUGCGCGCCGCCUGGCGCGGCCCUGCCCACCUUGCCUUUGUGUUGGGGUUCUCCUUUCCGACAGCACCUGGCUGGUUCUUGGGGGUGGGGCCGCCAGGUUGCUGCUCAUCUGUGGCACUUUGGCGGGGGUGGGUGGUCCGCAGCAGCAACCCCUCACCCUGCACAGGCUGUGGACCGCCCUCCGACUGUUCACCAAGCUGCCCGGCCUGCCUGUUGAGCACGGAAGCUCUGUGAUGAAGCCUCGAGGAGGGGGCCCGGCCCUUGGCCAGGCUCUGGCUCAGCCGGAGGCCCCCAGAAGCGUGGCCUGCUGCCCCGCUUUGCUCUGUGCAUGCUGAAGAUGUGGCCUGGCUGCAGCAUGCCGCGCGCCCACAGCAUCCUGCCCCGAUUGGAUCCCCGAGAUCAUGGCUGGUGAGCACCCCGCGCCAGCCUGACUGGCCUCCACGAAGGCCUGCUCUGCAGGGGCCUGGACCACCUGUCCCCACGAGCUCCAUUCUGUCUUGCUUUGCUCAGACAUUACCUCACCUCUUUCCUUCUGGCCCUGCCUCCUGCCUGGGCAUGGCUGGCUGGUGUCCCACCCAGGCAUGGGCCCCAUAGCAUCCUGUAGCACAGCGGGGGGUGGGAGGGAACCCUGGACGGGAGACACCUUUCCCUGACACUUGCUCUGUCAGGCAGCCCCCACCCUAAGUUCCCAGGACU